AAGAGGCUAGUUCGUGAUCACGUCUGUACCUAGCAGCUCUUUUAGUUCCUAGUUCAUACCCGCCAAAAAAAAACUUGCAAAAUUCUUUUCAAGAAAACCAUCAGUUCUUUUCCUACAACCUGAAAACAAGCACAGCAAGGAAUGGAAAGGAGCAUCGAUCCGAUUAUCAACGACGACGGUGCUGCGCUGGCGUGGGGGAGCAUGUCACUCGAUGACGCUGAGCUGGUUGAGGAAUUGCAACUGCAGGAAGUCCUGCUCUCUGCCUUCCAAGGAAUGACCAUUGAAGACACCUCGGACGCCUCCACUGACGAUCUGAUCAUCAGGCAUGAUCAUAGCGAAGCAUCGAAAAGACCCUCCCCCAUUGCUGAUCCAGGACAAUCCUCAUCAUCGGUUACACCCUCCAUUGCUGAUCCAGGACCAUCCUCAUCAUCGGUUACGCCUAUCGGCGACGAAUUCUACUGCCCCAUCUGCAUGGAAAGCAUGCCCGGCGCUAGCAAGUUCAGCAUCAGCUCCUGUGGCCACGCCUUCUGCUGGAGCUGCAUCGUUCAGUACAUUGCUACAAAGAUCGGCGAGAAAAUUGUCCAUGUCAACUGCCCUGGUCUCAGCUGCGAAGACGGCUUCAUCGAGCUGGAGGACUGCCGUGAUAUCAUCCCCUUGGAGCUAUUCAACAAGUGGGACUUCACGCUGUGCGAGUCGGUGCUUGGCGCAACGAGGUUCUACUGCCCGUUCAGCGACUGCUCGGCGGCUCUCUUUGUCGAGGAGGGAGAGGGGGGCAUCGCGGAAGCCGAGUGCCCGCACUGCCACCGGCUGUUCUGCGCCCGGUGCAUGGUGCCCUGGCACGACGGCGUCGGCUGCGAGGAGUUCCAGGAGCUCGGGGAGGACGAGCGCGGCCGGGAGGACGUGAUGGUGAAGCGGCUCGCCGGCGAGAAGCGGUGGCAGCGGUGCCCCCAGUGCAGGAUGUACGUGGAGAAGUCCGAGGGAUGCAUGUUCAUGAAGUGCAGGUGCGGGUACUGCUUCUGCUACGCUUGUGCAUCCCCAAUGACCAAGGACCUCCAUUACUGCAAAAGUUGCAAACGCUGAUCGUUUGGCUGAUGCUUGUCAGGGUUUCACUGAAUGCUUCAUGUUGGCCAAGUUUGCAACUUUUGCAGUAAUGGAGGUUUUCACUGAAUGUUUCACUGAAUACUUCAUGUAAGGAGGUUGCUACUGUUAUCUCGUAGGCUGUGAAAUAACGGGAAGCUUUCGCGAUGUCAUCACCACCGCGUAAGCUUUUUUCUCCAUCUCAUAAUAGAACCUCUUCGGCUCUACCAAGGUUUCCAAAAUAUAAUAUACUGAAAAUUGUUGCAACUUA